GCAAGAACGCAGACAUUAUGAGUGACGGAGAAAAGAGGAUUUUCUGUCUGAUGGCCAGGCAGAGGCUAAUCCUGGACCGGUAGCUUCGUCCGUUUCUGAUCCCUUCACAUUCUUCAGGCUGCACUCACUUUGCAGAUCAAGCCUCUCUGAACUGAGCUCCAGGAAACUCUCCGGACCUCUUCUUCUUUUCAGCUGAGCAAAGGAAAUACCUUGACCAAAUAACUAUGGCGAACUCUUUCACCCGUAUGAUAACUGGUCGUAACACAGCAGUGAUGAUGGCCAUGGGAGCCGGCACUUUGGCAUCUGCAUUUCUUCUCAAUGACAGCACUGCUGCAGCUGAAAGGAGGAGGUUCUAUCCCCCAAGUGCUGAUUACCCUGACCUGAGGAAGCACAACAAUUGCAUGGCAGCAGCAAUGACCCCGACCAUUUAUGCUCGUCUGAGGGACAAGGCAACGCCCAACAAUUGGACCGUGGAUCAGUGCAUCCAGACUGGAGUGGACAACCCUGGACACCCCUUCAUUAAAACUGUGGGCAUGGUGGCUGGGGAUGAAGAAAGCUACGAGGUGUUUGCGGAGCUCUUUGAUCCUGUUAUUAAGGAUAGACACAAUGGAUAUGACCCUCGUACCAUGAAGCACCCCACUGAUCUGGAUUCUUCCAAGGUCACCUCAGGAAUGUUCGACGAGCGCUACGUGUUGUCAUCCCGUGUGCGCACCGGGCGCAGCAUUCGCGGACUGAGCCUCCCACCUGCGUGCACACGGUCCGAGCGCCGCGAGGUGGAGCGUGUGGUUGUCACUGCCCUUUCUGGCCUGAAAGGAGAACUGGCCGGCCGAUACUACAGCCUGGGAGAGAUGACUGAGAGAGAGCAACAGCAGCUUAUCGACGAGCACUUCCUGUUUGAUAAACCUGUAUCACCUUUGCUCACGGCAGCUGGAAUGGCCAGAGACUGGCCUGAUGCUCGUGGUAUCUGGCACAACAAUGAGAAGAACUUCUUGAUCUGGAUUAAUGAGGAGGACCACACCAGGGUCAUAUCCAUGGAGAAGGGAGGAAAUAUGAAGCGAGUGUUUGAGAGGUUCUGCAGAGGUCUCAAAAAGGUGGAGCAUCUUAUUCAAGAAAGAGGGUGGGAGUUCAUGUGGAACGAACGUAUGGGAUACAUCCUGACCUGCCCCUCUAACCUGGGCACGGGGCUCAGGGCUGGAGUGCAUAUUCGCCUGCCGUUGCUCAGCAAGGAUCCCCGCUUUAAAAAGAUCCUGGAGAACCUGAGACUACAGAAGCGAGGCACAGGAGGAGUGGACACGGCUGCCACCGGAGACACCUUUGACAUCUCUAACCUCGACCGUCUGGGCAAGUCAGAGGUUGAGCUGGUACAAUUAGUGAUUGAUGGUGUCAACUAUCUCAUUGAGUGUGAGAAGAGGCUUGAGAGGGGUCAGGACAUCAAGAUCCCUUCCCCAAUCGCUCAGUUCAAGAGGUAA